AAUUAAAAUUACCAAUCAAUACUACAAAUGUCCUGUAUCUCUUUGACCCUGUCGUUUUGAUCUGUGAGUUCCUUUUCUUUUCCAUUUUUUCCUUCUAAUCUGUCUGAUACCAAAUCUUUCUUUGUGCUUGAGAAUGGAAGAAACUGCUGGGAAUGCUGUUUUAGAAGUUGGAAAGUGCUUAAGUGCUCCGAUCGGGCGUCAGUUUAUGUACUUGUACAACUACAAAACCAACUUUCACAAUCUUGAAAGAGGAGCUGGAAAGCUGAAGGAUGCAAGAGAUGAAGUGAAGGCUAAGGUUGUUGCUGCUGAAAAAAAUGUGGAAAAGAUCAAACAGAAUGUUAAGGACUGGGAGGGGGAUGUGGAUUCCACCAUCGAAGAAACAGACAAGCUGAUUCAAGAGAAAUCAAAUAGCAGUUGUUUCAACUUGAUCACUUGCUACAAAAAUGGCAGGAAAGCAUGGAAAAAGCUGAACGCUAUAACUGAACUUCUUCAGGAAAAAGAACCAUUUGCUCAAGUUUCUCUUCCUACCACUCAUGAAGUCAUUCGGCUCACUAACAAAGAUUAUGAGGAAUUUGAAUCAAGAAGGUCAAUUUUCAACGAUGUACUUAAGGCAUUAGAUGAUCCUGAGGUGGGAGUUAUUGGGGUUUAUGGGAUGGGCGGAAUUGGUAAAACCACACUGGUCAAAGAAGUUGGUCAACAAGCCAAGAAAAACCUGAUCUUGGAUGAGGUGGUUUUCGUAGAGGUAUCUGAUAAACCAGAUCCUAAAAAGAUUCAAGAUGAACUUGCGCGUCAGUUAGGUGUGAAAUUUGAUCCGGAGGCUGAUCGAGCGAGCAAGUUGUAUGCGAGACUGAAGAAUGAUAAGAAAGUGCUUGUAAUUUUAGAUAAUAUAUGGGAACAAUUAGAUUUGGAGGCUCUGGGUAUUCCUUGUGGAGAUGACCGUGGAGGAUGUAAAUUAUUGCUGACAGCAAGAGAUGUUAAUGUAUUAUGGAGUAUGGAUUCUAAGAAUAAUUUCCCGAUGGGUGUCUUAAAGGAAGAAGAAGCUUGGAGCUUAUUCAAGAAGAUGGCAGGUGAUGUGGUUGAUCAAACAAAUAAACUGAAUUCUCUGCCAAAUGAUGUAUGCAUCGGAUGUCGGGGUUUGCCAAUUGUUAUUACUACCAUAGCAAGAGCAUUAAGAUACAAGAGACAUCAAUCUGAAUGGAAGGAUGCCCUACGAGAAUUGAAAAAGCCUUCUCCAACAAAGUUUGCUGGCUUGCCAGAAAAAGAAUAUGCAAAGAUAGCAUUGAGUUACAAUUAUCUAAAACGUGACGAGCUCAAGGAAACUUUACUAAUUUGUAGUCUAAUGGUAAAUAAUAGUAUCAUUUUAGACUUGUUCAAACUCAUUAUGAGUUUAAUUAUACUAAAAGGAGCUAACUUCACUAUGGAAGAAGCACGAAAUAAGCUGGAAAGUCUUGUCUAUGAACUCAAGUAUUCGUGUUUGUUGCUUGAUGGUUCAACCAGUGAACGGUUUUCGAUGCAUGAUGUUGUUCGUUCAGUUGUCAUAAUAAUUGCAUAUAAAGAUCAUCACGUAUUUACAGAGCGAAAUGACAUGGUGACAGAAUGGUCAAAUAAAGAGCAAUUGAAAAAAUGCACUAAAAUCUCACUAGCUGAUUGUAAUAUGAUUAGUGAGAUUUGGUCUCAAGGUUUGGAUUGUCCAAAACUUGAAUUUUUUAGUGUGGUGGUGAAUGGUUCUUUUGAAAUCUAUGAAGAUUUUUUUGUGCGGAUGGGAAACCUCAAGGUUCUAAGUUUGUUUCAGCUAGAUGUAUUGUCCUUGCCAACAUCUCUUGGUCUUCUCACAAAUCUUCAAACGUUAUGCUUAGAUCAUGGGACAUUUUCAAAUAUAACAAUCAUUGGAGAGUUGAGAAAACUAAAGAUUCUUAGCUUGCGACAUUGUAUGAUUAAACAGUUGGCUGAGGAAAUAAGUAAAUUGACUCAAUUGAGGUUACUGGAUUUAAGUGAUUGUUGGAAAUUAGAAAUUAUAGUACCAAAUGUUAUAUCAAGCUUAUCCUUAUUGGAAGAAUUGUAUAUGAGCAAAUGCUCUAUUUCAUGGAAGCUUGACAUACUUGAAGAGUUGAUGGGUUUGUCCAAUUUGACAGCUUUAAAAAUAGAUAUUUCCAAUGAUCAAAUACUGCCAAAAGACUUCAUUUCCAAAAAGUUAGAAAGGUACAAAAUAUCAAUUGGAAAUGAGGCUACUAAUUUUGGUAAGUACUUCAUAGAUGGUGAUUAUGGGAAGUUCAUGAUGGUGAGAAGCCAUUUAUUAAAUAAGUCUACUGCUUUAAGAACACCGAAACUGAAUCUUAAUUCUUUCAUUUGGCAAGAGGAAUUGCAGUUGUUAUCGAAUGUUGAAUUCUUAUGCUUAGACAAAUUGCAGGGUAUCAAGAAUGAUCUCUCCGAAUUAGACAAUAAGGGUUUUUCGCAUUUAAAAUAUCUCUAUGUCCAUAAUAAUCCCAACAUCUUGUGCAUUGUUGACUCAACAAAGUGCACACCUCAUGAUGUCUUUCCACACUUGGAGUCUUUGGUUUUUUUCAACUUGACGAACUUGGAAAAGAUAUGUUAUGGUCUACCCUCAACAAAGUCUUUCUUCUAUCUAAAAUUUAUAGAUGUGAAAAGCUGUGAUAAAUUGGAAAAUAUCUUCUCAUUCUCUGGCAGAAGCCUUCCACAGCUUCAAUUUAUUAAGGUGGAAGAUUGCAAGAAUUUGACUGAGAUUUUUGCUGUUGAAAGUAAAGAUAGAGUAGACAAGAAUGAGGUAAUUGAUAAGAUUGAAUUUUGUCAAUUACGCUUUUUGACUUUGAUUAAUCUUCCAAGGAUUGUGAGCUUCUACUCAAAUGCAAAUAAAGUUUCAACAUCACAAAAGACACAAAAAGAAUUGACAAUUAAUUUGGAGUCUAGUGAUAUCAAUUCGGAGGAUGAGAAAAUUGAUACUGUCAUACCAUUUUUUAGCCAAAAGGUUUGA